AAAUACGACUCAAUAUCUCCUGCCCGACCAGAACUCUCUGCCAAGGGCAAGACGGUCCUAGUAACCGGAGGUGGCACAGGCAUUGGCGCAGAAACAGCUAUCUACUUUGCCCAAGCCGACGCAUCACGUAUCGCCCUUCUCGGCCGUAGGGAGCAGCCACUUCUCGACACCAAAGCCACCAUCGAGCAAAAGUAUCACGGCGUUGACGUCUUGGUCGCCUCUACGGACAUUUCUAAAAAGAGCCAACCUGGCAUUGUGGACACUGCGAUGAAUAGGGAUGCCGGUGGCAUCGCUGCUACAGGCAUCGAAGAUAAUAUUUCCCUGCCGGCUGGGUUUAAUAUUUGGCUUGCAAGUCCCGAGGCGCGCUUCUUGAACGGAAAGUUCUUGUGGACGAAUUGGGAUGUAGAUGAGCUCAAGGAGCAGGCUAAAGAGCUUGAGACAAGUAGCCGACUUUCCAUUGGGCUUAUUGGGUGGCCGUUUGACAAAUCGGAUUGGAAGUUUGAAAUUUCGUGGUAA